AUGGAGGAGUGCAUCACCAAGCUGAAGGCCUGGAAGGCAAACAUGGAGGAGAAAAGUGUGCGAGUAAACAUGAAGAAGACUAAGAUUCUAGUCUCCGGUCUUGGCCUUGACCAGUUGCAGGACUCCGAUUCGAAACUUGUCAGUCCAAGAUGUCGUGGUGAGGCUCGUCCAAUCGAUGGAAGGCCUGAAACCCAACUGGAAGUGGACGGAACCUUGCUGGAUGUCGAGGCCAGCUUGUGUUACCUGGGAGAUAUAAUGUGUGCGGGAGGAGGUUGUGAACGUGCCAUCACUGUCAGAUGCUGCGCAGCUUGGGGCAAAUUCAGGAGACUUAUACCCAUCCUGACAAAUAGACUCUUGUCACCAAAUAUCCGUGGCAAGAUGUUCACUGCCUGCGUCCGUUCGACCACGCUCCAUGGUAGUGAGACAUGGGCACCAAAUACCUCGGACUUGCAGCGUCCCCGCUAA